AUGGAAAUUUGGCAAAUACCUCGCCUAAUGAAUCGUCUAAUGUACGAUCACAUUCGCGAUAAAGAUCGCAGCAUAUAUCCUUACUGGAGAGUCACAAAUUAUUCUUUGCUCCAUGUUGAAAAUGAAACAGAGCAGGUGACAGAGAGCAGGCCAUUAAUGGAAAGCAAAGGGAAGCUUAACGAAGUUUUUAGCACAGAUCACUCGGUCGAAGAUAGAGCUCUCCAUAAAUUGUUUUCCUGGGGCAAGAAAAUUCAUAACUCAGCAACGAGGGCCAUUUCCGCACUAAGGCAUCAAAGAAGCACUAGAGACGACUCCAAAGAGGAUAUAGUCCCAUAG